AUGCCUGGGCGCAGCGACAUGGAGCCGCCGGCCGCUUUCUCGGGCUUCCCGGCCCCGCCCUCGGUCGCGCCGUCGGGGCCGCCGCCGUCGCCGCUUGCCGGAGCCGAGCCCGGGCCGGAGCCCGAGGAGGCGGCCGCGGGCCGCGGGGAGCCGGAACCUGCGCCGGCGCCAGGACCGGGCCGCCGCCGCCGGCGGCCCUUGCAGCGCGGGAAGCCACCGUACUCGUACAUCGCGCUCAUCGCCAUGGCGCUGGCUCACGCCCCCGGCCGCCGCCUCACGCUGGCCGCCAUCUACCGUUUCAUCACCGAGCGCUUCGCCUUCUACCGCGACAGCCCACGCAAGUGGCAGAACAGCAUCCGCCACAACCUCACGCUCAACGACUGCUUCGUCAAGGUGCCCCGCGAGCCGGGCAACCCGGGCAAGGGCAACUACUGGACGCUCGACCCGGCGGCCGCCGACAUGUUCGACAACGGCAGCUUCCUGCGGCGCCGCAAGCGCUUCAAGCGCGCCGAGCUGCCCGCGCUCCCUGCCGCGCCGCCCGCGCCCGCCGCCGGCCCGCCGCCCUUCCCCUACGCGCCCUACGCGCCCGGCCCCACGCUGCUCGCGCCGCCUCCUCCCGCCGCUCCGGGCUCCACGCCGCCCGCGCGCCUCUUCAGCGUCGACAGCCUGGUGAGCCUGCCGCCCGAGCUGGCGGGGCUGGGCGCCCCCGAGCCGCCCUGCUGCGCUGCGCCCGACGCCGCCUUCCCGCCCUGCGCGGCAGCCGCCUCCCCGCCUCUCUACUCGCCGCCGCCCGAACGCCUGGGGCUGCCCGCGACGCGUCCUGGCCCCGGACCGCUGCCCGUCGAGCCGCUGCUGGCCUUGGCAGGGCCGGCGGCCGCGCUCGGCCCGCUCGGCCCGGGGGAGGCCUACCUGCGGCCGCCGGGCUACGCGCCGGGGCUGGAGCGCUACCUGUGA